AUGGCGAGCUUAGCUUGCCGGGUGCCGUGCCUACAUCGCCCAGCAUCUUAUUCUUUCCCUCCCCUCCUCCUUUUCUCCUUACUCAUAUCACGUUUAUACACACUCUUGACAUUUUUCAUUCAUCCCAGAUACCCUCCUUCAAUUGAACAACAAUUGGCUCAAGAUACAUUUCGCAACAACACUAGAAUCGUUCUCAUCACGCAACGCCAAACAUCCUCGACACAAACAGAAAUCAUGGCAUCCCGUAUCGUCCUCGCAUCCACCCCCAUUGCACGCGGCGCCUUCGUCGUCGGCAGACAGACUGGUGUUCUCGGACGCGGCUUCAGCAUCUCGACGACGAGAACGGCUGGCUUGAAGGAGUCUUCAGGACACGCCGACAGCGAGACGCACGAGAAGCACAAGCAGGACUCCCUCUCCAAGCAGAAGCAGGGCAAAGGCCACUGGAAGUCGGAGCUUGCCUCAGACAGCGAGGAGGCCAUCAGGGCGGACCGCACCGAGGCUGCCGACCCCAAGACGCUGCAGGAGAAGACCAAGGGCCAUGCUGAGGAGAAGAACAAAGCCGGCACGAGCAACAGCGACGGUCACUAGUGCCCACCCGCUCACACGACGUCACGGAUCGAUCACGCGCCUCUAGAGUCAGGCAGCGUAAGUUCUGGGGUACUUUGGAGGAUUCGUGGGAAACGAGAUAUUCAAAACGCAUGCGGUAACUAAGGAUGUUGCCGGGGAGGUGUUGGUGGGAUUGUACUCAUACGCGUACUAGCGAAUGUUAAUGAUUCCUUUUUUUUUUCUAUUUUUCUUGGAUAUGAUGACAAGGAGCCCGACAACGUUAUGUGAUCAAUAUUGACAACUAGUUCACUGCGACCAAGUAUCCGAGCUGGCAGGUGAGGCUUUAAGCUCUUUGAUUAGGGUUUCACGGGCGACGUCUCGACAAUGGCAAGCCAAAGAGAAUGAAUAUUCUAGCGCAACGACAUCUGUCGCUAUGUUCAUUGACUGAUCCGAGAAAUGCGCCGCUAGAGAUGUGUUUGCCGUUGACUCAAUUCAAGAUGACUUCUUCACGUCCCAACUAACCGAAUGACUCAAUGGAAGCUUGAGGUAAUCGUUCAUCUUGUGCGUGCUGCCGUCACGGCGUCGAUUUGUUAACGACGUCCAGGCAUGGCAAUGUUGGACCUGUUGCUACUGGCCAAAGAUGAUGCUAUUGUUUAUGACAGGCGUCGGCUUUUCUAGACGUAGUCUGACUG